AUGGAUACCUGUAUUCAUGCCCUCAACCACGAAUUAGAAACUGGGCGUGGGCUAGAAGAGUUCCUUUCAAAUGGACGUCAUAUCGGAAGCGCUGCCAACCGCUCCUACUGGGGCGGCACGGACAACACAGGAACACUGGAAAGCAAAGGACGAACAUGUUCUCCCAAAAAAUCAGCUCGGUAUUGUCUUUCUUGGGUUGAUGGCCUGCACAUUCUUAGCCGCCUUGGACGAGGCAAGGUCGAGUCCAUUCUGCGUGUUCUUAAUCUGACCCUCUAUGCUUUGCAGACAAUAGUAGCAACCGCAUUACCUACCAUCGUACAGGACUUGGGCGGCGGCUCCGAGUACAGUUGGGUCGGAACCUCGUACCUUUUGGCUUCCACCUGUCUCGGUCCCGUGUACGGUAAGAUGUCUGACAUUUUUGGUCGGAAACCGAUAUUAUAUGGAUCCAUCGUUAUCUUUCUGGCGAGUUCACGCCCAUACAUGCUCCUGUGCUCUCUAAUAACGGGGUGUAACACCGAUAGCCGGGGCCAAUACGCUGGUUUUAUGGCUGCAACGUGGGGAGUAGCCAGUGUCAUAGGACCGGUUCUCGGUGGUAUCACCUUUCGUGGAGAUGGUAAACAUACUUUUUUCAACUUGCACAACCAUCGCAGACCUACUGGUGGUGUUGCCGGAGCGAUAUUGCUUUUCUUCCUGCACCUCAACCCGCAUCAAGGGAAGACAUUCAGGGACCACGCCCGCGAGUUUGACUUCGUGGGCUUGAUUCUAAUUAUCACCGGCAUCGUCUGCCUCUUACUGGGCUUCAAUUUCGGUGAAUCCAGUUGGAGAGCUGUCUCCGUCAUUUCCUUGCUUGUGGUCGGAGGUGUUCUGCUCGUUGCCGCCGCUCUCAAUGAGUGCUUCACGGCCCGUUCCCCAAUAGUUCCACCGCGACUUUUCAAGACGCGCACCACCGUCGUUAUCCUUGUCAGCUCUUUCAUUCAUGCGUUCUCCCUCUUUGCUGCUACCUUCUACCUGCCACUCUACUACCAGGUCCUCGGGAACUCCGCUACCGUUGCAGGAGCAAGGACGCUGCCCUACUCGCUGAGCAGCUCGUUAGUGGCUGCUAUAUCUGGUGUCAUAAUCACACGCUGGGGCAGAUACCGCCUGCUCAUAUGGUGCUCCUGGGCUUUGAUGACCGUUGGCUUUGGCCUGAUGAUUAUGUUGGAUAAUGAUUCGACGACGGCUGAACAACAAAUAUAUCCUGUGCUUGCCGCUCUCGGUGCGGGUGUUCUGUUUGAGGCUCCACUUGUGGCCUUACAGGCUGCGAUGCCUUUGAAAGACAUGGCAACAAGUACCUCUUCAUUCGUGUUUAUUAGAACCCUUGGAGGGACUAUCGGUAUUUCAAUAGGGGAAGCUGUUAUCGCAAGUGUUUUGCGGAGUAGGAUAGGCAAGAGCCACGGGAUCGACUUUGAUACAUCACCUUCAGCCCUCAAUCAAGAGGUUCGCCGUCUAGGCAGCAUACAAUACAAUUUGGCUAGUGGCUACCGCCGUGCUGAGCCUCGGUUUCAUCUUGGUAUUGUUCAUGAAACAUUACACGCUCCAACGAGCGACUAUUAG